GCUGCUUUGUUUACACUGCCUACGCGCUCCCGCUUGUUGCAUGGCCUGACCAGGACCUAACGAGACCCCUGAAACACUGCAGGAGAAGGAGAAGAGGCUGAGGGCUGGAAAACUAAAGGCUGCAAGGGAAGGAAGUCCAAGGAGUAAGGGCAUAAAAAGCGGUACAAGGCGUCAGAGGCCUACAGAAGAAGAGGCCUCCCCAGCCUACGUGACCCUCAAGGAAAGCCUCCCUGUGCCCCCCUCCCCGCCCCCCAUAGCCCCCCAUCAUGCCCGUGGGCGCCGGGGGCCUGCUGCCCUCCAAGCCGAAACCGUCGGCAGAGAAUGUGCGCUGCCAGAAGUGCCUUGAGCUGGGCCACUGGACCUACGAGUGCAAGGGCAAGCGCAAGUAUGUUCACCGGGACUCCCGCACCUCCAUGCUCAACAAGCGCCUCAAGGACGAUAAGGAGGAGCAGCAGAUGGAGCAAAUGAAGAAAAUAGCAUCACAGAAAGAGAAGACUCAGAGGAGAGAGAAGAAAAAGAAGAAGAAAGCCAGCAAGUCCAGGAAGCGUGACUCCUCAUCAGACUCCUCUUCUUCCUCCUCCUCCUCGUCAUCAUCAUCAUCUUCAUCAUCCUCCUCUUCCUCUUCCUCAUCUGAUUCCUCCUCUUCCUCAUCUGAUUCCUCCAGCUCAUCAGACUCAGACUCAGACUCCUCCUCAUCUAGUUCCUCCUCAUCUUCCUCCUCCUCCUCCUCCUCCUCUUCUUCCUCAAAAACAUCUAAGCGGGAGAAGAAGAAAGGGAAGAAGAAAAGCUCAAAGAAGUGAUGACGGCUGCUGCACAUCCUUCGUCACUGCCAUCAACUAAUGUGGAGGACGAGGAAGGAGGAGAGAAGGAAAGACCCGAGGAGCAAUGACUGAGGACAACCAUCACCCAGCCACUCAUCAAGGUUUAGCAGCAUUCUCGAGCCUGGAAGGUCAUCAGUGAGCCACCACUAGUAAGGGUGUGCCGACCAGUCUGUACACACCAGCCCAUUUAGUUCUUAUAUUACGCAAGAAAACUACACAUUGGUGACUGGGUUGUAAGGAAGGAAGAGUAUGAAUUAAUGGAACUGACAGUAGUUUAGGAUAGCAAGGUAUUAGUGGGAAUGGUAGAGAAUAAGGAGUGACUUUACGAGUUUUUUAAAGAGAGGGUUAGGGAGGGCAGCACUGGGUAUUGGAGAGGCUGUGAAGCAAUGAAUGGAAAUAGUUGGAAGUGUAUCAUUGACCGUCUAACCCCAGAAGAGACAAUGGGAAACUCAGACAUUAAAUAGAUGAUGAUGGUAACACCCAAGACUUAACUGGGUAGAUGCGGGGAUCAUGUUUCAUAAAGGCCCCCCUAAGCGAGAACAAACAGAAAAAAUCAUCACUCACACAAACCAUUUCAUAAUAUAUAUCAGUACAUUUGUGAUCAGUUUAUGCAUCAUCUAUUUUGGGGGGUUUAUAUCAUGUCAAAAAAUUGGCCCGUCGCUGGUACACGGUAAAGGCACAAAUUUGGCUUGUCAUUGCUAACGGGUUAAACUGAGGUAUAGAAAUUGCUGUUUGUUAAGAUAAAAGAUUCUUGAAUGUCCAUUACAAUGAUAUAUUUUUUCACAGUAAAUGGAGCAGCUCAAGGGCAAAAAUUAAAUGAUAAAGAAAAAGCCCAGUUAGUACUCACAUCAGGGAAGGAAACUGUGCUUAAGAUUUUAACUGAGAUGCAAUAAUUACCCUCCAUUAGUAUUCUUAUAAAUUCUCAUGUUGACGAUAUUUCACCUUUGCACCUCAUCUCGGCAAGUAGUAUUUCCCUGAUCUGAUGUGUUGCUGGGAUGGUGUGUAGGGGCUGGCCAGCACACCCAUGUCUCCUCCGCCUGACUAGCCCUCCCCUCAGCCCCUGCCACCCCUCGCCCUUCACCCACAGUUGCGGGGGUCACUAUUUUACACUAUUUCAUGGUUUCGGUCAUUUUAUAUUAAGUUAACCUUGGCCAGUGAGCCGUGAGUUUCGGCAGUGGGCUGGUUGACUGGUGGCGGUAAAAUUAGCGUGACACAGUACCUGGUGACUAUUUCUUUUAUUUUUAUCAAGGAUUUAGUAAGAAGAGAAGGAGGGUUAGUGGGGAAGGCACAGGUGGGGGAGAGGGAAAGACAUUUAAGAGGGUACAGUUGUAUAGUGUGGGUUCAUUUCACCCUGCCACCUCAUUCCCCCACCCCCCUUCCUGCCCCCCAAUCUUCACCCCCUUUUCCUGACAACACUUCACGCUGCCCCCUCAUUCCCCCACCCCCCUUCCUGCCCCCCAAUCUUCACCCCCUUUUCCUGACAACACUUCACACUGCCCCCCCAUUCCCCCACCCCCCUUCCCGGCACCCCCAAUCUUCACC